GGUGCGACAGUCGACCGCCAUGAUUGUUUUAGAACUGGUAUAGUUUACUCUAGGUUGUAUAAAAUUUAAAAAAAAACUAGUGGCUUCUCAAUUGUGCAUACAUCAAACUGUCGUUUUUAUAACAGAACAUGACAUCACCCUCACCAUCACAACCAUUUGGUUACGGCCAACCUACUGGAAGUUCCCUAAUUCCUUUCUUCCCAUCAGUAUCGCAGCAGGCAGUUCUGUCUGGUGCUGCAACGGGACGGGGUGCUCCUUUCCCUGAUGUCUUUGGUGGUGAUAAGAACUCCUUCGGCGACUUGGGCCUCAGGGGGGCACUCUCCGGGACCCUUGCAGCAGGAGGGGGUCAGUUUCCUCCUGGCCCAGGACAGGGGAGCAGGUUGGGGGGCCAUGCAACGCCAACGAGCAUAUCAGCCUUCCCGCCGUCGUCGUUGCCGCCACCGCAGCAGGCAUCGCCUAACAGCCGGACAAUGCUGACGAUUGGCUCGAGAGGACUCCAGGGGCAGCGGCAAGUAGGGCCUGACCUAAAUCGGCUGGUAGGACUUGGCGCUCCCCCAAGGGCAGGGCACACGGAUCAAAGCUCUUUAUGGAGGAAUAGCGUUCCCGUAUCUAGCGGAAUUUCCGGGUUCGGAAUGUCGCACAGCUCCCGAAAUUUUGCCUCCUCACAGUUGAUGGGUAACAGUUUGCAGAACCCGCUGUUCAACUCAAACCCUGCGCUAGAUCUGUCAGAAUUUCCGUCGCUGACGAAUCGCAGCACGCAGGAGGGACAGUCUAUGGGUAACAAUCCCAUGGCCGGCAGGGCGCCCUACGACUUGCUAUCGAAACUACACCGCUCGCCUUCGUCCAGGGCAGUUGGAAUGGUGAAGCAGCCAAAUAAUGAUUCCAAUGAGUUCCACAUACACAACGAGGACUUUCCAGCGCUUCCAGGGUCACAAGGUCAGGAAAACAAUCAAGACAGCAUGAGCAAACAGCCGAGCAACUCUAAUAACGAAUCUUCAAAGGAUGGAGGCAGCUUUCCUGGUGAUAAAGGAACACAUCAACAAGUGAAGAGGGGGAUUCAGACGUCCAAAGAUGGCACAGUGACAAACAUUCCAGCGGGGAUGGUAACGGACCAGUUUGGCAUGGUGGGACUGCUGACGUUCAUUCGAGCGGCCGAGACGGACCCCAACCUGGUAUCGCUGGCGUUGGGAAGCGACCUCACCACUCUGGGACUUAACCUCAACUCUCCCGAAAACCUCUACCCAGUGUUUGGAGGACCCUGGGCAGAGCACCCAUGCAGGCCGCAAGACAUAGACUACCACGUGCCAUCUGAGUACAUCAUCAACCACAGCAUUAGGGACAAGCUAGCGACGAUCAAACUUAACCGAUACGGAGAUGAUGUCCUGUUCCUCAUAUUCUACCUCUUUGGAGGGGAUCUGCUACAACUCUUAUCAGCUGCCGAAUUGUACAGCCGGGACUGGCGCUUCCACAAGGACGAGCGGGUAUGGAUCACGCGGGCUGGCAUCUCCCCGACGGAGAAGACGUCCACGUACGAACGGGGCACGUACUUCUUCUUCGACCCCCUCAACUGGCGGAAGGUAGCCAAGGAGUUCCACCUAGACUACGACCGGCUGGAAGAAAGGCCACAACCUUACCCACACAUGAUGCCUCCGCACAUGGCCCCUUGAGUCGAAAAAAAACAUCCCUGGGCAGACCAGAUCGUGGCUCAAGUUUGGCGACAAGUAGUACACUGCAGCAGUCUUUCUAUCUUUCCUUCUUUCUUUUUUUCUUCUUCUUUUUCUUCUUCUUUUUUCUUCCUUUUCAGUGCCAAUCUGUAGGCCGGGGGAGGGUGCCACAAAUGCAACUACUACUUCUGUAGAAAAAGGGUGUUUCACCGCCACCAAAAAAUCUGCUAGUGCUUUGAGAAUCAUCGGAAAUCAGACGGGCAUGCGGGCGUAAAUUUUGUUCCACACACACGACAUUCCGGUGCGCUUUUUGUCAUUGAGGCAUAUUGUUCGCAGUCCAUCAAUUUGUACUUUAGGGAUGAAAAAAAAAAAAAAAAGUCUGAGCAGGAGAGUCGUGCCUGUAUUCCCAUUCUGUCCCUAGUCACACGAGCUACGCUGGUACUACAGGUUACGCUGGUCCUGCUCGAAUUUUUGGGAGUGAAAUAUAUACCUUCUGCAAAGAUGCCUCAUUCCUGCUUUCUUAAUCUCGUACAGCGGUGGGUCGCUCUUGCUACUGCGAAGUCGGUUCUGGGUAUGUCGCUUGGUUAUACAAGCUGGAACAAUAUUGUGUCUUCCCCUGCGCUGCCUGACAUUCUUAGUUUCAGCAAUCUUGCAUUUAAGGUACAUGCGGAUAAAAAUUAGCUCAGCUGUCGAGCACUGUCAGUUUUUCUUAGCCCUACUUGAGCACUUGCUAUAGUCACAAAUGCGCAGCUGUAUCAAAACGUGUACAUUUGUACAUUAGCAGCGUGUAUUUAAAGUGGUUGUAUUUAUUGUGUGACGGUUGUCUACAUCAUACGAGCAUUUUGCUUUGAAUUUGUGUUUUAGAUGGACAAAGUGAAAGCAUUUCAUUGAAAAAAAAAAAAAAAAGGUUUUGAAAGUGCCGGCAUUGCCAGGAAAAAAAAAAGUGUCGUUACGCUCCGUGAUGGACAUUUGUGCUGGGAAGUUUAACAUCCACGUGUGCUUACGGAUACGCAUUGUGUCGCCAAACUGUGAUGCCCCUUGUGAGCCAUCAGCCACUCCCAAAGGGUACAAGAUGUACAUACGCCUUUCUUAAUUAUUUUCGAGCAUUGUACAAAGGCACAUCCUUAUAACAUAGUUGUUUUGUCAAUAAAGAAAAUUGAGCUCCA